UGUCGAGCUGAGAUCGCGUGGACCAGCAUGCUGGGCUUCAAUCUGUGUCAGUGCCGAGGAGAGGAAAGACCGCCGCGGAAGAUCAGUAUGAGGCACCCUCCCUGCAUACUCGCACUGUCCCUGUUCCUGCUCUCCUGCUCCUGUGUCUCGCAAGAUGUUCUUGCAUCACCCCAACGGUUUCCAGCAGAACAAGAGCUACGUCUGCGGAGUGAGAUAGAUGACCUGUGUUCUUCCUUUCUUUCUGCAGUUCCUCAGUCACAGCCAUCCAGUACACUCAAAGAACUGUGUUACAUGGCCUUGACAAUUCUGGAGCGGCCUCAGGAUUCACAAGACAAGAGCGAAAACAAAAGGUUCUUAUUUCAUUAUUCUAAGACCCAUGACACAGGCAACUCUAAUUUUAUGUCCUCUGUCCUGCAUCCUUUGCUGCAACUUGUCCCUGAGCUUCAUGAGAGAAGAAUGAAGAAAGGCAGAGGUGAUGAAGAAUUUCAAGGACCAGGUGGAAUUCAAAGUCGAGGCUUUUUUAUGUUUAGGCCACGCAACGGAAGAAGAUCAUCUAGUUUUCGCUAACAGGAAGACGAAUACCUGUAGCAAUGAUUGACAUACAUGAUGAUAUUGGUGUGCAGACAGCAAUGUACAAGCAGCCAUG